UAAUAAAGAACUCUUCACAGUCAUGGAGGUCUCAGCAUGGUUUCUGAUGCUAGGAAUAUUUUGUCCUAUCGUCCAUUCUUCUUUUGACUCAGACAUGGAAAAAGUUUUACCAACAUGCACCAUUAUCGAUAGAUACAUGGAGAAUAUGAGAUGUGUUGAUCCACAAAAUAUGGAAGCAAAUGAAGACAGAAUUGUAUUUGAGGCGGAAUGUCGAUGUCCAGUUUAUCACUCAUGCUAUCUCAAGGUCAUUAACGAGAUCUCAGACGGCAAUAGUAUCGUAGACAUGGCAACAGCCGAAAAACGUUACAUAUGUAAAUCAAAGAAGACGCUAGAGAUUGAGAAGAAGAAAAAUAACGAGGCGGCGAAUAUUGCCGCUUCCGGUUGAAAACCAUCUACUUAAAGCACAAAUAUGCACAUGCUUUAUCUAAAUUUAUUGAAAUAAAAUCCA